AUGGAGCGCAGGAAACUGCAAAAUAGAGAAGCCCAGCGACGAUAUCGCGAAAAUAUUAAGCGAAAGCUCAAGAUUGCAGAAAGACAGCUGGAAGACAGGGGAUCUCUGGCGAAUGUACCCCAACAAUUCGCUACCAAUUGUGUGAAUGAAGUGAACCUGCCUUCCGAAGCCCAGAACGGAAUUGAAGCUUUGCAUUGCGCUUCCCCAAUUUUUGAUUUUGAUUGGAUGACCCUGAGGCCCCAGUGUCAUAUACAGGAUAGUGAUGAAUUAGCCUCACCACCAGAGAGCUCUUCGAUUUACUCUCCAGCUCGUACCAGUGCAGGAUCGACUCUCAUACAUGUUGCUGCUUGGAAGGGCUAUCAUGCAAUUGUUCGCAUCCUGUCAAAUUCUGGAGUCGACGUGGCCUGCAAAGAUUAUGCAGGCCAGACCCCGUUACAUCUGGCAGCGGCCCAUGGACAUACCAACACCAUCAAAGCGCUGAUUGAAGUGGGAGCGGAGGUUGAUGCUAGGAAUCAUCAAGGGCAAACGCCAUUGUUUGUAGCUGUGAACAAUGGGGAGGACGAUUCUGUUAGAGUGCUGCUGGAAAGUGGGGCGGAUCCUAAUGCUAGGGUUUCUGUUACGGCACUUGGAUCUGAGAUGGCUAUGAUGCAAGACAAUACUAUGGAAGUAUUGCCGGCGGUCGUUCCAAAAGAAGUCUGA